GAAAAGGAUGCAAAAAAUGGGUCGAUAAAUUCAACCGAAUCUUCUCAUUGCAGGCACGAAGCGUUUGCACCGGUACCACAUACUAGUGACCGUUCGACGAGUGGUAAUUGAACAUUCAGGAUGGGCGGGAAAUAUUUGAUUCUCGAAUUUUAGCCAAAUGGGGUCUCCUUCUUCGAUCUCAAAUAUUUGGGCUAUCGUCAAGCUUGUUGCCAUGUGGCUCCUCUUGAUUGUGUCCCUGCCUUAUGUCGGGGCUCAGGUUCCCAGCCAGGCACCUUCAGUGUUCUCGAAGGCCAUGCAGCAGGACAUGCGCUCACUAGCCAUAUUGUCCGGGGUGUGUUUAUCGCUGUGGAUCAUCUCCAUAUUUGUGUCCAACUGCUUCCCUUGCGUUGAGAACAGAUCGAGGAGGCCCAUAGUGGCUGUGGGCAUGAGGCGCACCGGCCUGGAUCCUGCCGUGAUCGAGACCUUGCCAACAAUGGUCUACUCGGAUGUGAAGAGGCUGAGGCUGGGGCAGGGAGUGCUAGAGUGUGCUGUGUGCUUGAGCGAGUUCGAGGACCAUGAAACGUUGCGUCUGAUGCUCAACUGCGACCAUGGGUUUCACCUUGACUGCAUCGACAUAUGGCUUACUCAGCACAGAACUUGCCCUGUCUGCCGCACCACUGUCCUGCCCAGGCCCUACGUUUCAACUGAUCAGCCUGUCCUUACAGCCGGCGCCGAGUCCAACUCACCCAACAUCGAGGUAGCGGUAGAAGAGAACCGAAACGGAACGGUGCAGCGAGGACAGCAAGAAGAGGAGCCGAGGCAUCAUGGGAAUAUGGCACCGAAUCACAGCUCCACUUAUGAACCGAUGCCCAUCAGGAGGGGUCGGAUUAUACGAUCUCACUCCGCCGGGGACUUCCUAGUUCUCCAGGAUGAAGACCCUGAGCGCUUCACCUUGAGGUUGCCAUCCGAAGUGAGGAAACAGGUGAUGGACCAAGCUGCCAGCAAAGCAAGCACUUCGAGAGGACGAGGGAACAAAUCCGCUAAUGGCAUAGGGAAUGGGAGUAGCACGGGGACAUGUUCCGGGCGGCAGCCUCAAGUGCUGGACCGGGCCAUCAAGUCAGAUAGGUGGGCAUUCAACCGAGUGUCGCAGUAUCUUUCACGAGCAUCACCACCGCAAUCAUCACCAAGACUUGGCAUCCAUCAGCAGCUACCAGUUUAGUAGACCACCCGAGCAGAACUAGAAUGCUGCUUGGAGAGCCGACCGUGACCUCGUGAUUUAAAAUCGAUAUUAGGCUGGAUACAUGAGUUGAUCUUUAUCUCUUCAAUAA